GGACUAACCUCAUAGGGCUGGGCGACUGAUACUGGCGCCCAGACUACGGAGUAGGGUCUCCGCAAUUUGUCGCACUGAUUUAUCAACGAUCGGGACAGCCCCCGCCCCUCGAUCCUGACCACUCGCUACCUGGUCAGCGCAUCUUUCUCGUCGACACCUCAAUCCUUCCUACCCAGUUGACAGAAAUGGGGGAAUCGCAAACGGCUCGUCGUGGCCGUCCUCCAAUCCAAGACGGACAAGACGUGGUCAAUAGUCAGCAGAAGAAGAGGCUACGGAUGCGUCUCGCACAGAGGUCAUACCGUGCCCGGAAACAAGAGGCACAAGAAUCCAAAAGGAUCCGGGCUGAAGAGCUUAACAGUGCUCUAGACAACGCAUUGGCAACCUUUUCCACACUCCAUCGGCGUAUUCUCGAUAUCUCGCAGAUUCGAAAUUCGCCGGAUGUUCUCUUUCAUCUGAACGAUGCAGUGACACAAAUGGCUGCUAUUGCAUCUGGCACGAACAAGGUCUUUCCCUUGCCGCAUGCUCCGGAGGAUUCGGGCCCCAGCUCUCGUCAACAAGCACCUGGAGUGCUUGCUCCACAUCAGUCAGUCACCGUAGAUUCCGGGGCUACGAUCAUAUCUCUGCGGACGAACACUUCCAACCAGAUUCCAGUGUCAGCAAGGGUCAUUCGAGCCUGCUUCGAGCGUGUGGUGUCUAUCUUAUCUAACAGCACCGUGUAUGGGAGCCAAUCCCCGGCUUUGGCUCUUCCUCUUCAACUGCUUGGUGAAGAGGCCCUAAUGGUCAAUUCUCUGCGAGGUCUGUCGCUAUUUCAUCCUUCCGUAGCUGAUUUCCAGUAUCCGCUACACUCCACUCCCCGGCUACCACACAUGUACCGCGUUGUUGAAGGUGGGACUAAGGCCGUGUUAAGAGCGCCAGCUCCGUUGGUGCAGCAGAUCGUGAGAGGCAAAACAAGGACAAUGCUAGACACAAACUUUGCGCCCCUGCAAGGAGAAUGGCUCGAGGCCAUGGAUGUGGAGGAGUACCUGGAAGAGCGAGGAAUCUAUCUGCGCAACACCGUCUCGAACGGCACAUCUACAGACGACACUAUGUAUCAACCAUUUGUUCCAGACAGCGAGCAGAGCAUACCUAUACUCGCCCUGCCAGGGGCUGUAGCAGGAGGGGAAAUGGCCCAGGCUAUUAACGACAAUACCCCGUCACAACUAGACAGCAUGGAGCAACGCCCUUCUGUAUCUUUAUCGGCUGAUUUUCAUGGCCAUGAGCCGGCAGACUAUUCAGUUUUCGGGCUUCCGGGGCGGAGACGAUGGCUGCGUUCUGCCAACAGCCAACUCCGUUCAACCGCUAUGGGCGGUGUCCUGCAGUCGGACUUCAAUCAUCAGACUGCCCAGGUUAUUGCAAAAACCUCUCGAAUUACUGUCGAUCUUGACAAGCUCGUGCAUCUACUCGCGGAAAAUGCCACGUGCCUUGGUCCUGUUCCGGGGAUCCGGAAAGCUGCCGUAGACGCCUCGAUUCGGGGGUCUAUCAAUUUAUCUUGAAAGUCUGUAGAAAUCCAUCACAAUUUACUACUCCUACGCUUGC